AUGACUAGACCAUUUAACCACGCCGUAUCGGCAUUCGAGCAGCAGCAAAGACAGUCAUUUGAACAACAAUUUCUUAGAAGACCUGAAGGGAAUGAUGCCUUAUUGGCCUUCCAAGCUGGCAAUAUUCAUGGAGUUCCUCUGGGGCCCAAUUUUUCUGCGGCCUCUGGGGCCAUGCAGCUACCUCAACAGCCCAGAAAAUUCAUGGAUAUGGGACAACAGCAAGGUUCUCCCAGUAUUCCCGAACAAAGUCAGAACAUAACUCAAAGUGUUGAGCAACAAACAUUGAAUCCUAUUCAACAAGCUUACCUGCAAUAUGCAUUCCAGGCGAGCCAACACAAACCAAACGUGGGUAUGCAAGUGAGACCUGGAAUGUUUGGCUCUUUUAGCAAAGAGCAAGAAAUGCGUUUGGCAAAUAUGAAGAUGCAAGAGUUGAUCUCAAUGCAAGCAGCCAAUCAGUCUCAGCCUCAGACUCAGCCUCAGGCCAGUCCAAAUGAAAAAGCAAACAAUUCCACCGUGCUUGGUCAAGCAACGCAAUCGUCACCAAUGAUUGGCCCAAAUUUGCAGCAAAACAUUAUGAACAUGACAGCAAACAAUUCAGUUGCCAUGGCUGCACAGAUGCAGGCGAUGCGUGCUUUAGCGGUUGAGCGUAAUAUUGACCUUUCGAAUCCAGCAACUGCAAAUGUGAUGGCCCAACACAUCCCCAUCAUGCAGUCGAGGAUGAUUUCCCAGCAAAAGGGGAACGAAAGCAGUAUCAGUACACAGACAGCAUCUCUUGUGAAACAGCACGCCACAUCAGCACAAGUUGGAAACGAAAGUUCUCCCCAUGGAAACUCUUCAAGUGACGUCUCGGGGCAAUCAGUUGCGGUUAGCAACUCUGGCAAAACGCCUAUGCAGCAGUUUUCUUUGCACAGUAGAGAUAACCAGUUACCAUCAAGACAUAGCACUUUGAUUGGUCAACAAUCAUCUGGUAGUUUGAACCCAGGAUCCGACGGUGUACUUGGUAAGAGUUCGGCUGUUCUAGAUGGUUUUAAUCGUUCCGCUUCACAGCCCGCAGCUCCGUCUAAUAGCAGGGAUGUAGGUAAUAUGUCAACUUCUCAGGGUGUCCCGGCUCAAGAUACGCGACCUUCGCAUACUGGGUUUACAAAGCAGCAACUGCAUGUACUCAAAGCACAAAUACUCGCGUUUAGGCGCCUCAAGAAAGGAGAUAUGACUCUGCCACGUGAAUUGCUUCAAGCUAUUGCUCCCCGGCCACUUGAUUUGCAGAUGCAGCAGGUGUCUUCACCUCCUCUAACUGCUACCAAAGUUAAAUCAGCAGUAGAAGUUGAAGUUGAUCAUGCAAAACAUAUGGGUGCUAGUGAGAAGGGUGUAAAAUCGGCAAUUGAAACAAAUAAAUUAAAAGAGGAAGCAGAUGAUAGGCUAGCUGUGUCAACGGUUAACAUGCAAAGUUCCUCAGUAACGGUGAAGGAUACGAUUGUUCCACCUGGAAAGGAAGAGCAUCAAAGCCUUAGUAAUUCUGGUAAACCGGACCAGGAGUUUGAACUAGGUUAUCAAAAAACUCCUUUAAGGAGUGAACAUGCAGAUAGGGGUAAAGGAAUUGCCCCAGAGCCAAGCAUUUCAGAUUCAAUGCAAGCCAAGAAGCCCGUUCAAGCAAGUAAAGCAACCCAACCUAAGGAUACUUGUCCAGCCAGAAAAUAUCAUGGGCCUUUAUUUGAUUUCCCUGUUUUCACCAGGAAACAUGAUGCUCUUGGAUCAUCUAUGAUGAACAAUAAUAAUAAUUUGACUCUAGCGUACGAUAUUAAAGAUCUCUUUGCUGAUGAAGGUGGAGAUAUCCGCAAGAGGAGGAAAGAGAAAGUAGAGAAGAUUGAUAAAAUACUUGCUAUUAACUUGGAGAGGAAGCGAAUUAGACCUGAUCUCGUCACGAGGCUACAAAUUGAAUCGAAAAAGCUCCAACUUGCAGAUUGUCAGGCGCGCUUGAGGGAGGAAAUCGAGCAACAACAAAUUGAAAUAAUGGCCAUGCCCGAUAGACCAUAUCGAAAGUUUGUUCGACUUUGUGAGCGCCAGCGUCAGAAUCUCAACCGGCAAGCACAGGCCAAUCAGAAGGCAACUAGGGAGAAGCAACUGAAAUCCAUAUUCCAGUGGCGCAAGAAGCUUCUCGAGGCACAUUGGGCCAUUCGUGAUGCUAGAACUGCUCGCAACAGGGGAGUUCACAAGUAUCAUGAGAGGAUGUUGAGAGAGUUCUCCAAGAAGAGGGAUGAUGGUCGUAAUAAAAGGAUGGAAGCGUUGAAGAAUAAUGAUGUAGAAAGGUAUAGGGAGAUGCUGCUUGAACAACAGACUAAUGUACCAGGGGAGGCUGCAGAAAGAUAUGCUGUUUUGUCUUCAUUUUUAACUCAAACCGAAGAAUAUCUCAACAAAUUGGGAGGUAAAAUAACAGCAGCGAAAAAUCAGCAGGAAGUUGAGGAGGCCUCUAAUGCAGCAGCUGCUGCUGCACGUGCACAGGGUCUCUCUGAAGAGGAAGUAAGAGCUGCUGCUGCUUGUGCUAGAGAAGAAGUAAUGAUAAGGAAUAGGUUUUCAGAAAUGAAUGCACCACGUGAUAGUUCAUCAAACGAUCUGAAAGAACUGUGGUCUCUUUUGAACCUACUUCUACCCGAAGUUUUUGAUAACAGAAAAGCAUUUCACGAUUGGUUCUCUCAACCAUUUCAAAAAGAAGGGUUUUCGCACAAUGCUGAGGAUGAUUGGCUCGAGACAGAGAAAAAAGUCAUCAUUAUUCACAGACUUCACCAAAUAUUAGAGCCUUUUAUGCUAAGGCGUCGUGUUGAAGAUGUGGAAGGUUCACUUCCUCCCAAGGUAUCGGUUGUUCUGAAAUGCAGAAUGUCAGCAAUACAGAGCGCCAUCUAUGACUGGAUUAAAUCCACCGGCACUAUCCGAGUCGAUCCUGAAGAAGAAGAGCGCAAGGUUCAACGAAACCCUAUUUACCAAGCUAAAGCUUACAAACCUUUGAACAACAGAUGCAUUGAGCUAAGAAAAGCAUGCAAUCAUCCUUUGCUCAACUAUCCGUACUUUAGCGACUUAUCGAAGGAUUUCCUCGUGAGAUCGUGUGGGAAGCUGUGGGUUCUCGAUCGGGUUCUGAUCAAGCUCCAUAAAACCGGGCAUAGAGUACUUCUCUUCAGUACCAUGACCAAACUCCUAGACAUAAUGGAAGAAUAUCUCCAGUGGCGUAGACUCGUUUUCCGAAGAAUAGACGGUAUGACGAGUUUGGAAGAUCGUGAAAGCGCAAUUGUCGAAUUUAACCGUCCGGACACUGACUGCUUCAUAUUCCUGCUCAGCAUCCGGGCAGCCGGGCGGGGACUCAAUCUUCAAUCGGCCGAUACAGUCAUCAUUUACGACCCUGAUCCGAACCCUAAAAAUGAGGAGCAAGCCGUUGCCCGGGCCCACCGGAUCGGGCAGACUCGAGAGGUCAAGGUCAUUUACAUGGAGUCUGUGGUUGAUAAGAUAUCGAGCCACCAGAAGGAGGAUGAGUUCAGGAGUGGGGGCGGCCCGGUUGACUCGGACGAUGAACUCGCCGGAAAGGAUCGGUAUGUGGGCUCGAUCGAGAGCCUGAUCAGGAAAAAUAUUCAGCAGUACAAGAUCGAUAUGGCCGAUGAGGUGAUAAACGCGGGUCGGUUUGAUCAGAGGACCACGCACGAGGAGCGGCGAAUGACGCUCGAGACCCUCUUGCACGAUGAGGAGAGGUACCAAGAGACGGUCCAUGACGUGCCUUCGCUUCAUGAGCUGAACCGAAUGAUAGCUAGAAGCGAGGUAGAAGUUGAGCUCUUUGACCAGAUGGAUGAAGAAGAGCUCGACUGGGCUGAGGACAUGACGAGAUACGACGAGGUGCCCGAAUGGAUUCGGGCAAGCUCAAAAGAAGUGAACUUGACUAUUGCUAAUUUGUCAAAGAAGCCGUCGAGGAAUGCUUUGUAUGCGGGGAAUACUAUUAUGGAUUCGGCUGAGGUGGCUCCCGGGAGGAGGGGAAGAUGUCGGCCCAGGGGGAAGGUUCCGGUUUAUGCUGAGCUGGACGAUGAAGAUGGAGAAUUUUCGGAAGCUAGUUCGGUUCAAGAAGAAGAAGAGGAGGAGGAGGAGGAAGAAGAAGAAGAAGAAGAAGAAGGAGAAGUAGAAGAAGAAGUAGAAGAAGGGGAAGAAGAAGAAGUGCGGGAGUUUGAGGAUGAUGAUGAAUCUGCAGAGGCACCUGAGCAAAAAGCUGAUAAAGCUCUAUCAGAGGAAGAUGUUCCAGUGUGUGGUGAUGGGUAUGAGUACCUAAGAGGAGUGAACAAUCCUAAUAAUAAUAAUAAUAAUAAUAAUAAUAAUAAUGAGCUUGCGGAGGCAGGCUCGUCUGGGUCUUCUUCCCAUGGUCGGAAGUCGAAGCUGAUGGUUUCACCUUCGGCUUCUCGGAAGUUUGGAUCUCUUUCGGCUUUGGAUAGUAGGCCCACCUCUCGUUCGAAGAGAUUGGGGGAUGAAUUAGAAGAAGGGGAAAUUGUUUUUUCUGGAGAUUCUCCUAUGGACCAACAACAAUCUGGUAGCUCGGCUCAAGAGCGGGAUGAAGGUGCAGACGAACAAGUCUUGCAGCCAAUGAUAAAACGAAAACGGAGUAUUCGGCAGAGACCACUGCUAAAUACAGAAAAGUUAGAAAACAGGCAGAUUGAGAGAUUAUCUCAUCCCUCUCGGUUUCCAUUCCAUGUAGAACACAAGUACAAGUCAAAAGCAAGAGAUGAUCGUGCACAUAAAGUUCUUGGAGAUACCACCGAAAGAAAUGAUUCAUCUUUCAAGAACAAACGCACUUUGCCCUCGAGGAAAAGCACUGCUAAUGUGCAGGGUUCUAGUGAACCUGUAGCUAAUGUGCAAGGUUGUAGCAAAUCUGUGAGAGUCAGCUAUGGACCUCCUUCAGAUAUUGCUGUUGGACAUGUUAGAGAAGACAGUAAAGCCGUGAAAGGGCCCAAAAGUAGUGGAAGUAGAAUGCUUGAGGCCAUUCAGAGAAAGUGCAAGAAUAUUAUAAACAAGCUCCAGAGAAGAAUAGACAGCGAAGGCCAUCGGAUAAUACCAAUGCUAACUGAACUGUGGAAAAGAAUUGAGCAUUCGAGUGGGGCCGGGGAUAACUUUUUUGAUUUAAGAAAAAUCCACCUCCGUCUCGAUAAAUCAGAAUACAAUGGAAUUAUGGAUCUUGUAUCUGACGUGCAGUUCAUGCUGCAGUGUAGCAUGCAGUAUUAUGGGUUCUCAUUUGAGGUGAGAUCCGAGGCCAAAAAAGUCCACGAUCUCUUUUUCGACAUCUUAAGCAUAGCAUUUCAAGAAAUGGACUUUCGAGAGGCCAGAAGCUCCUUGUCUUUCUCUGGGUCAGGUGUAGGUACACUCUCCACAGGUCAUCAAACCAAACGCCACAAACAACAAGUAAAAGAUCCGAAUUCCGAACCUACCCCUCUCCGUGGGCCCCACCAUACAAGAUUCCCUGUCCAGAAGGAAUCGAGGCUCGGGCCAGACGACGAGAGCCCGUUUGCUCAUCCCGGAGACCUUGUAAUAUGCAAGAAGAAGAGGAAAGAUAGAGAAAAAUUAGGUGGGAAGUCGGGAAGCGGGCCUCUGUCGCCUACUGGGCUGAGCCGUGGGUUGAAAAGCCCGGGCUCGAGCCAUUUGGAAAAAGCUUUUGCUUUUUGCUGGGAGUUUGACUGUGCAUAA